CAAUGCAUAUUUUACUUUUGUCAAUGGCCAUAACUAAGCGUCGAUUUAAAGAGCAACCCUAUUAAAUGUGUGUUGAAUUUAAGGAAUAUUAAAAUUUCAUGCAGAUGGUAAAUCUUGUAAAUAGAUUACAAGCAACUAUAACAAAAAAUGUCGGACUCUGAAGUCAGCAAUAUGUCAGACAGUGGAUCCGAAGAUGGAUCGAUAUCAAACAAGUCGCAGCAAAGUGUUCGAUCCAAGUCCGGUUUUCGCUCAAGGUCAAGGUCGGUAUCCCGAUCCCGAUCUCGUUCUUCUCGAUCCCGUUCCCAAUCCGUGCAUUCGGGAUCAGGAUCUGAUUCUCCACAACCUCAAGGUGGACGCAGUGCACACCGUCGCAAAUCCGAGGACUCUGAGGAUGAAGACGCGUAUGGCGAGGAUAUAGACUCUGAGGAAUAUGAGGAGGAAGAGAACGAGGAUGAUCAUCCGAGGAAGAAGAAGAAAAAAGAGCGCUUUGGUGGCUUUAUUAUUGAUGAAGCUGAAGUGGAUGACGAGGUGGAUGAAGAUGAUGAGGGUGAGGAGGGUGCCAACGAGAUUGGCAUAGUUGGCAAUGAAAUUGAUGAACUGGGCCCAACCGCCAGAGAUAUUGAAAUCAGAAGAAGAGGCACCAAUUUGUGGGACACUCAAAAGGAGGAUGAAAUUGAGGAAUAUCUAAGAAAGAAAUAUGCUGACGAAUCAAUGGUUAAGCGUCACUUUGGUGAUGGUGGCGAAGAAAUGUCUGACGAGAUCACGCAACAAACUCUUUUACCAGGCAUCAAGGAUCCUAAUUUGUGGAUGGUGAAAUGUCGAAUUGGUGAAGAGAAGGCGACUGCAUUGCUGCUGAUGAGAAAGUUCCUAACAUACUUAAACACCGACGAUCCGUUGCAAAUCAAAUCAAUCAUUGCACCCGAAGGAGUGAAAGGAUAUAUCUAUCUGGAGGCAUAUAAGCAGACGCAUGUUAAGACCGCUAUUGACAAUGUGGGUAAUUUGCGUAUGGGCAAAUGGAAGCAGGAAAUGGUGCCCAUAAAAGAAAUGACAGAUGUGCUUAAAGUCGUUAAAGAACAAGUUGGCCUGAAGCUUAAGCAGUGGGUGCGCUUGAAGCGUGGCUUGUACAAAGAUGAUAUUGCGCAAGUGGAUUAUGUGGACUUGGCACAAAAUCAAGUGCAUCUCAAGCUGCUUCCUCGCAUCGACUACACUCGAAUGCGCGGUGCCUUAAGGACAACGGCAACGGAGACUGAUGAUUCCAAGCGUAAGAAGAAACGAAGACCGCCAGCAAAACCAUUUGAUCCAGAAGCUGUUAGGGCAAUCGGCGGAGAAGUUCACUCGGAUGGUGAUUUUUUGCUGUUUGAAGGCAGUCGCUAUUCGCGCAAAGGAUUUCUGUAUAAAAAUUUCAACAUGUCUGCAAUUUUGUCAGAGGGCGUAAAACCUACCCUUGCCGAAUUGGAGCGAUUUGAAGAAACCCCGGAGGAGGUUAACUUGGAAAUAAUGGCAAAUGUUAAAGAUGAUCCAACUGCUGCCCAUUCAUUUUCGAUGGGCGAUAAUGUUGAAGUUUGUGUGGGUGAUUUGGAGAACUUGCAGGCAAAAAUUGUGGCAAUUGAUGGCACAAUGAUUACAGUUAUGCCAAAGCAUCAAGAUUUAAAGGAUCCUCUCAUUUUUAAAGCUAGCGAAUUGCGUAAAUACUUUAAAACUGGCGACCAUGCAAGAGUUUUAGCUGGACGAUAUGAAGGAGAAACUGGACUCAUCAUUCGUGUGGAGCCACAGCGAGUUGUACUCGUCUCCGAUUUGACCAACCAUGAACUUGAGGUAUUGCCACGAGACUUGCAAUUAUGCUCGGAUGUAGCUACGGGUGUGGAUUGUCUGGGUCAAUUUCAAUGGGGAGAUCUUGUGCAACUUGAUUCGCAAAAUGUUGGCGUCAUUGUGCGUUUGGAGCGUGAGAACUUUCAUGUCCUGGGAAUGAAUGGUAAAUGUAUUGAGUGCAAGCCAACAGCUCUGCACAAGCGACGAGAAAAUCAGAAUACUGUUGCUCUGGAUGCCGAUCAAAAUCAAAUUCGCCGACGAGAUAUUGUUAAAGUUAUGGAGGGACCCCACGCCGGACGAUCAGGAGAAAUCAAGCAUUUGUAUCGUAGCUUGGCAUUUCUUCAUUGCCGCAUGUAUACGGAAAAUGGAGGCAUAUUCGUCUGUAAGACGCGUCAUUUGCAGCUCGCUGGUGGCAGCAAGACGAAUGUCAGCAAUGCUAACACCCUGGGUGGGUUGGGAUUCAUGUCACCGCGCAUACAAUCACCAAUGCAUCCGUCUGGUGGGCGUGGCGCUCGUGGUGGGUCGCGUGGUGGACGAGGUGGUUUUCGCGUUACACGCGAUCGCGAACUUUUGGGCAAGACUAUCAAGAUUUGUGGUGGUCCUUACAAAGGUGCCGUUGGCAUUGUCAAGGAUGCAACUGAGAGCACAGCUCGCGUUGAAUUGCAUACAUCGUGUCAAACGAUUUCUGUCGAUCGCAAUCACAUUGUGAUUGUCGGUGAGCCUGGCAAGGAGGGCAGCGUAUCCACAUAUGGACGCACUCCAGCACGCACACCGGGUUAUGGAGCACAAACUCCCAGUUACACUGCUGCUGGCUCGAAAACUCCUUUGGUUGGCAGUCAGACCCCCAAUUGGGAUACGGAUACACGUACGCCGUAUGGUACAAUGACGCCAUCGCAUGAUGGCAGUAUGACCCCAAGACAUGGCGCUUGGGAUCCGACCGCAAAUACAACGCCAGCAAGGAAUACAGAUUUCGAUUAUUCACUGGAGGAGCCGAGUCCCAGUCCAGGAUACAAUCCAAGCACUCCGGGCUAUCAAAUGUCAUCACAAUUUGCACCGCAAACGCCAGGUACGCUCUACGGCUCGGAUCGCAGCUAUAGUCCAUUCAAUCCGAGUCCCAGUCCAGCACCAUCGCCAUAUCCAGUUGGCUAUAUGAAUACACCAUCGCCAUCGACAUAUUCACCCAAUACACCAGGUGGUGUACCACAGUCCCCAUACAACCCACAAACGCCGGGAGCCAGUCUGGACUCCUCCAUGGGCGAUUGGUGUACCACGGACAUUGAGGUUCGCAUUCACACCCACGAUGACACGGAUCUCGUUGGACAGACAGGCAUAAUUCGAACUGUCUCGAAUGGAGUUUGCUCCGUAUUUCUGCGCCAGGAGGAUCGUAGCGUGUCCAUAGUCAGUGAGCAUCUAGCUCCUGUUCCACCCAACAGUGGUGAUGAAUUCAAGGUUAUCUAUGGGGAGGAAAGAGAAUCUGUGGGUAAAGUUUUGUCCAAGCAGGAGGGCGAUGUUCUCGUUUGUAAGAUAAACGAUGAUGUCAAAAUGAUACCCAUUAAUCAUUUGUGCAAGAUGAAAUCCAUUGAUUAGAUUAUACAAACUUUUGACAAUGUGGAAAGAGCACACUUGAUAUACAUAAUACAGCAUUAAAUUUAUCCGAUGAUUUAAAUAUUAAAUAUACCCGCUUAAGGGGUAACAAAA